AUGUCAAAAAUUAAAAAUCAGGAUAGGACUUGCUAUCGAGAAAAAUUUCACAAUGGCAUUGUUAUGUCCAAUGUUAUUAUGUGUUUUUACUCAAUGUCAACACAGGCGUUAGACAAUACUGUACAUCAUGGAACUAUUUAUGUCUAUAAUAGUUUAACUGAUGGCCAUUUGGCCGGUUUUUAUGCCAGUCCAAGGAAACGCAGACAUUUACGGAAAGUUGGUUUGAUAAGUCGAAGUGGUCACUUGAUAUCUGAAAAUACUUUCCGUUUAAAUAUGGCUAAAAAAGAUCGAAGACGUCAUAUCAAGAAUACCUUAGCACAGGCAAUCGUAGAGAAGACACUGGAAUUGGAUCGACACCGCCAAAAUGUCAUAAAACAGAAACUGGAAGAAAUUGCUAAAAUAGAGCUAGUUCAAAGAGUCAGGACUUCAGAAACUGAAUUGAGAAAACGAAAUCAAGAAAUGUUGCCCUAUCUAUCACCUCAGUCACCACGACGACCAACUUCUGGUCCUGCUCCAAAUAAAACAGGAGGUUCAACUCACGGAAAGUAUCGUCCAAUCAGUGCCCCGUUAAAUACCAGACCCGCGUCCAGUUCAACGAAAACAUCCACAAAUUAUGAUGACUAUGAUGAUGAGGGAGAUGUGGAAUACAUUGAUGUAAAUGGAGAGUCCUCCAGCCCAAGGCAGAACAGUUACCGAGACGACCAUACCUUAGAUCUAAACCAGCUGUACACUUUAAACACGGUAGCUUUGCGAAAAUAUGCCAUGACACUAGCUAGACUGGAGAAGGGUCAGAAUGGAACAUCACCCUACACCACGGCAUCCACAGUGCCAAUGCCACCAAGAUCUCCCAGGAAUGUCACUUCAGCUAGGCGCCGAAAAUACAAUUCUGGUGCCAACUCUGAUAGAUCUCCUCAAAGAACAUCAGCUGCCUACAAGAAUCAUCUUCACCAAGCAGAUACUGUGACAAUCCAUCCAGGACAGUUGCAAUCCAUGGUGGAAGUCAGUAUGAAAUAUCAUGGAUGGAAUUUGUCCCUGGCUCGUGAUGAGAUAGAUCCUAGAAAUUUGGUGGUCAUCGAACAACAACAUUGUGGUGGCAAUACUUUAACUGUUUUCAAACAGAAACUACAUCCUGGAAGUGAAUUUACAUUUGUCUCCCAUCGCCAUCGAGGUUAUCCAUUUAGUUUAACAAUUUACGUUGAUGGUAGAAUGGAUUCCAGAGUUAGUACUUGUUGUGAAUAUCGACAUGCUAGAAAUGUUCGUCUAGGUGGAGCUAAUGGUCAUUUCAGCAUUGUGGAUGUCAAAGGCAAUACACCUUGUUUUAAAUGCCGUGUGGAAAGGGGUGGUAAGAAAAAGAAGAAGAAAAGAAGCAAACCAGAGCCAAUGGUAGAAGAGAUUGUAGUGAAGAAAUCAGUGAAUGGAACUAUCAAAGAAGAUAAAAACUCAGACACAGAAAGUGAAGAUACCGGUAACUAUGAGGAUGAUUUUGAAAACUCUGAUAAUGAACAAAAACAAAAUGGAGGACAAAAUGAAGAUGAAGACUAUACCUACAUCAAUCCAUCAGCCAAAGAGCGUGGAGAUGACUGGAAGACUGAGGUAGAAGAGAACAACCAGACUUCUGACAAUGAAUCUGAUGGUGGUAGAAAAACAGAUGAUGAUGAUCCCAGCACUCAAAAGAACAAGGAUGAGUCUGAAGUAACUUCAAGUAAAAGUGAAGUCAAAGUCAAAACCAAAAAGAAGAAGAAGAAGAAGGAAGGCAAAAUUAAAAGGAAGAAGAAAGCAGAUUCAUCCAGAUCAGAUGAAGACAGCAGUCAUGCUGGUAAAUCAGACACCACAAAAAGUUCAUCAAAGUCAACAGAUGCUUCAAAAUCUAGCAAAGCUUCUUCUAAAUCCUCAGGAUCAGAGAGUUCAUCCUCUAAAAGCAGCUCACAUGAGGAGGAAGAGGACAAAUAUUCCACAGAUGAAGAGGAGUCUUCAGAUACAGAGGUCAACACUGCUGAUGAAGUUUCUGAUAUAGAAACUGAAGCUGAAUCUCCCAGAAGAUUAAUUGCUGAUGCUAAGGAACCAGCUUCUCAGCGUAAAGUCACCUUCAGGGAAGAAGUUUCAUUUGCCAGUGAUGUUGUGGAGAGGUCAGAGAGUCUUGAUGUAAAUCCAAACCUAUUGACGCCACUUUCUCCUUCAAGAAGGUCUGGAGUUCAAGAAGACAUCUACAGCUCCAGAGAGAACUUGUAUAUGCCAGAACUAGAUGAUGUGCCAAAUUCUUCAGAAUUGAUAGAAUCUAAUGCGGAAUCUAUGGAAGUUAGUGAUAAACCAUCAGCAGUUGCAGUGGAUAUUGGUACUCAUGAACAAUUGGACAAAGAACAAGCAUCAUCUGCGAUCGAGGAACAAAUGAAACCUAACCCUGAACCUCCAAGUCUCCAAUCAUCAGCAAGUUUGGAUUUAAAGAAGGAAAAGCGUGUCACAAGUAAACCACCAAAACCACGAUCCAAGAUCAAGCAUCAGGCUUCCAUUCAAGUUUUUGUAGAAGAUGAAGAGUCACCUAUAGUCAGUCCUCAUUCUGACCUUCGUGGUGAGGACCAAGAACAAUCCAGAUCUGAGGAAGCAGGUCUGGUUCCUAAAGAGCAACUAUCUGAUGGACAGCCGCAAAACUCUGAUGGACCACCCAGUCCCCAAGAAAGGCUGCAAAGUCCUCAUGGUACAUCUCAAAGCACUGUUGGAACUCUUCCUCAAACUGAUGAUAACUCUCACACCAUUACAUCUGAUCAGACUCCAGUCAGAAAUGAAGACCCUAUUGACAGAGAAGUUGAUCGAGAGAUUGACAAGUUACUCCAGCUCUGUAUGGAGGAAGCCAAGGAUCUGGUGGGAAACCACAACAAACUCAUAACCGAAGGUCCUGACAACAGUAAAGACUACAUGAUCAAUGAAGCAGACUAUUCAGAUGAAUAUUGCAACAGAAUUUCCCAGCAAGAUAAAGAACAACGAAAAACUGCCAAAAAGGAGAAAUCCUUACUUAGCCCUUCUGAAGCUCCAGAAAUUUCUAAACAGAGUGAGAAACCAGAUGGUUUGUUAAAAUCUUCUUUGAAGGUUGAGAAUUCUCCCAGAAAGCAUGUCAUGAAAACAGUUUCAUUUGACACCAAAGUGGACAUAGAACCUAAUUCAGCUGAACCUGAUCCACCUGGUUCUGAUCCAUCUGGUUUGGUCACUCCUGAACCUGUCCAGAAUUCAGCUGAUGACGAAGCACCUGCAGGAAUCUCAACAAAUUCUACAGUUCCAACUGUAGUUAUUGAAGUUGAUUCCAAACCAAUUAGUGAUUCAGAAGAGUCAUCAAGUGAUUCAUCAAGUGACUCCAGUGAUACUGAGUCUAGUGACUCGGAAGUGACUGAAACUAACUCUAAAAACACUGAAGACAAAAGAAGUGAUAUUAUUGACAGUACCAUGACAAAUUAUUCUUUUGAUAAAUAAGGUGAUAAAGUGAUUUUAAAGUGACUAUCUAACUUUACUUUACUUCAUAAAGUUAUGGCUUCAAUAUUUAAUUUAUUUCUGUCGCUUCAUAAGUCAUAAGUUAUGUUCUUUCAGCCAGGGAACAUUGCACCAAUGAUGUUCAGCUAUGUUAACAAGCUGUUGUUGACACAUCCAGCUUUCAUUUCUGAUAAAGCCUUAGGACCCAUGUAAUGGUUAAAAUAUUUUAUCUGUGUUUUAUUGAUGCACAUUUUAAUAUCUUAUUUAUUCUUAAUAAAAUUUUAUUUUC